UUUUUAGUCGUGACAAAAACCGCUGGCUCUGGCUGAGCUUAAAAUUCAGAGAAAAAGGAAUAAAUAAAAUAAAGAUAAACUUACGGAAAAAAUCAGAAAAAUUAAGAAUGUACAAGGACUAAAACGCAAAAAUUCCAAAUAUAUUUCGAACACAAAAAAUACUAAUAAAAUUCCUCAUCAUUUCCCGAUCCGAAAAUCUUCAAUGGCAUGCGCGAGUUGGCACCACCUCCAUUCUCCUUCUUUUACGCGCGUUAUCGUUCCCAUUCUCCACUACCCAACCGCUCUCUCCACCGCCUUCCUUCACCAGCGUAAUCGUUUUACUUCACCCGCACGGUUCACCUUCUCGGUAAACCAAACCAAUCCUCUGCCAACUCCGGUCCACGUUCAAGCCAAGCGAGGUUUUUUUCCCAAAGACGACAAAAUUGCUUCCACGGAGGAUCUUCGGUUCGAGCCGCCGCUGAAAAUAGUGGAGUAUCCGGACCCGAUAUUGCGGAAGAGAAAUAAACGAAUUGCUACGUUUGAUGAGAAUUUGAAGAAGCUUGUCGAUGAGAUGUUCGACGUUAUGUACAAAACUGAUGGCAUUGGUCUCUCUGCUCCCCAAGUAGGAAUUAAUGUUCAAUUGAUGGUGUUUAAUCCUGUUGGCGAGCGAGGUGAAGGACAAGAAAUCGUCCUUGUAAAUCCGAGAGUUAUGAAAUAUUCAAAGAAGACAUUACUGGUUAAUGAAGGUUGCUUAUCUUUUCCGAGAAUCUAUGCUGAUGUUAAGAGGCCAGAAUCUGUAAAGAUUGAUGCACAAGAUAUUAAUGGUGUGAGGUCUACAGUUGAUUUCUCAGGGCUUCCGGCACGGGUUUUUCAGCAUGAAUUUGACCAUCUUCAGGGGAUUCUGUUUUUUGACAGAAUGACUGACGAAGUUCUUGACAGUAUUCGCUCACAACUAGAGGCCUUAGAAAAGAAAUACGAGGAUAAGACUGGACUCACCAGUCCUGAAAAGGUAGAAACCCAGAAAAGGAAGAAAGCUGGUUUUGGUUUUGGAAAAUCAUGAACGCCUAGAAAAUCAUGUCAGGUUCAUAUUAAACAGAAAUUAAUCAAAACUUUGAUCGGUAUUUUGUUCUCAUUUGAUUUUAAACUUUGAGGUUCAUAUUAAACAGUUUUUCUUCAUAGCUUCUUAACAGGUUCCAUCCAUCCACGCACACAUUUAUCCAUCCUCAUUGUCUUUUUUUUUUUUACUUUCUUUGAGAUAUAAUGGCGAUAUUGAUGCUAGUGAUGCUAUUGAUGAUAGUGAUGAUAUCGAUUGUGACCUUGAUACCGAGCUGGAGCUUCUAACUAUGAGGAAUGCCUUAAUUAUGGGUAUGAUAGUUUCAAAAUGCUUCAUCCUAUAUGAAAUGUAUUCCGAAGUUUGAGGGUAAAUCCCAUCUAUUUGGAGCUCUUUUUCUUUGCUAUUUCAAGCUUAUUUUGCUGAACUCGGCAAUUUAUCAUGUUGGUAUGUAUUCCUCUAACUUGUACAGUGUUGCAACAUAUAUUGCAUUUGCCAAGAACGAUGAAUACUGAGUAUUAGUUUAGAUAACAUACAUGAUUAUUUAAAUUUUUUAAAGUUACGAGUUUGAGAGAAAUUAAAUGCAUAAUUCCUUUUCAAACAAGGAAUUAGACGCCUAAUUUCUUUUCAAAUGAUAUAAAUUUAAAGAGUGUAAGAGUAAAUUAAAAAUUGCAUAAAUAUUUUA